GGUGCUUAGUCCCAAUUUAUUUUGAUGGUUUGGUGCUUUAACCCUUUCUUUGUUAAUUCUGAGCAGUCGGGAAAUGUUUAACAAAUGGCAAGCUCAGAGAUGGUGGGCAGAGAACUAUGAGAAAGUCAUGGAAUUAUACAAUGUUCAACGCUUCAAUCACCAAGCAGUCCCACUUCCUACUCCCCCAAGAUCUGAAGAUGAGAGCUCAAGGAUUGAAUCUGUCAAAGACAGUCCUAUGACUCCCCCUCUAAACAAAGAACGCCCACGAAACUUCCAGCAUCAAACAGGGAUUGGGCCAAUUGGCUAUUCUUCAUCAGAUUCACUGGAUCACCACCCAACGCAAUCCCAUCAUCAUAAUGACUCAGCUGCACUUGCUUCAACCCCAAAACUCUCCAGCAUUGGUGGAGCAAAGACUGAGACAUCUUCUGUAGAUGGAUCUGUAAGGACUAGUUCUUCAAGAGAGGCAGAUCACUCCGGAGAGCUUUCAGUCAGUAAUGCCAGUGAUAUGGAGACUGAAUGGGUUGAACAGGAUGAACCAGGGGUGUAUAUCACCAUCAGAGCACUGCCAGGUGGUACUCGGGAGCUUAGACGUGUUCGCUUCAGCCGAGAAAGAUUUGGAGAAAUGCAUGCAAGGUUGUGGUGGGAAGAAAACCGAGCCAGAAUACAAGAGCAGUACUUGUGAUUUAGCAAAUCCAAGGUGGUGUUUGGAAAUUGUGUCUCUCCUUUAACAGUGUCUCUCAACAAUUCCUUGAACCUUGGUAUACCCUCAUCGCAAAGCUCAUGCAAAUCAAGUUAUGGAUCUUGUUGUUCUUUCCUUUUUUUUUUUCUGUAGUUAGGGUGGAUGGAAAUGUUGGGAUGAUAUAAUGGGGAAGUCUUAGUUACAGUAGCAGUAGUUUAUUUUAACUCAAAAGCUUUAUUUCUGAUUGAAGUAUCUGACUUGACCUUGAACUGAUCUCACAAUAUUUACAAUAUAUUUCCCCUUGACAU